GAGGCCCACCCGAUGCAGCCCCGUCUCUUCUGUCGGAAACCGGGAAUUGCUGUGCCCCCACGGGGGGCUGAUGUUCACCGUUGCAUCCAUGACCAAGGAUGACUCUAAACUUAUAGCUCUGAUAUGGCCCGACGAAUGGGAAAAGAUCGGAAAGCUUUUCGUGGUGGAUCACGCCAUCCGAGUGAUCAGGAGGGAAGCCCCCCAGGAGAGCGCAGAGCGCCUGCUCUACAUGACCGAACCUGAGCUGUGCCUGGACUGCCGAGAAGGACUGUUGUACCAGCAACAGAGAGACCUGCGUGAAUACACCCAGGCUACCAUCUACGUGCGGAAAGUGGUGGAUGAUAAAAAGGUCAUGAAGGAAGCUGCUCCGGAGCUGAAUGUCAGCAGUUCGGAGGCCGAAGAAGAGCGGGAGGAAGCCAGGGCAGAAGGGGAACACGAUCCGGACUUCAACCAGGCGAACAGCAAUGCCAAGCGGCAGAAAGUCUCGCACCCCAACUCCGUGGUCUGUCAGAAGCAGGGCAUCCGGCGCAGCACCCGGCACAGGAGGAUACGGGGGGAAAAAGCCCUCCUCGUCUCCGCCAACCAGACGCUGAAGGACCUGAAGAUCCAGAUCAUGCACGCUUUCUCUGUGGCUCCCUUCGACCAGAACCUCUCGAUCGACGGGACCGUGCUGUCCGACGAUGUGGCCACGCUGGGCAGCCUGGGGGUCACUCCCGAGUCUGUGGUUCUGUUGAAGGCCGAUGAGCCAAUUGUGGAUUAUGCGGCGAUAGAUGACGUUAUGCAAGUCUGCAUUCCGGAGGAAGGCUUUAAAGGGACCGGUCUCCUUGGACACUAACGUUCGCUCUUCGGCCAGCCAGCCACUCCUGAAACCGCCCGAAUGGGAAAGGAUUUUGGGCCCUCGGGGGGGAAAGCAACCUGCAGCCUCUCAGAGGGACAACCCCCCCUUCAGUCCGGCCACCCCCACGGCCUCAUCUUGGUGCAGAUUUGGGGAGAGAGAGGACUCCCGAGAGGGGAGCCCCUACUUUGAAGUCCCCCUUGAAACAGAUUCUUGAAACAGAUUUUAAAAGCGGUUGAAGAAGCCAAUGACGGAUGGCCUCCUCAGGACGGGAGAGCGGGGAAGCACGUCGGCCCCCAGAGCUCCUCAAGCAGACAGCGGCCAACCCUCUUUCCGGGGACCCCUUCGUGAGCACCACUUCUCCCUUUGGGGGCCGCUGUUCCUGGACCGAGGCAUUCUCCCCCAAAUCGGGGCCUUCUCUCCAGGACAACUUGUGACGUCUGACCAGAGAGGGGCCGAU